AGCUGCCUGACAUGCCUAACACUUUUGACACUUCACUUUUUUUCUCUAUUUGAGAUAUGCUCUUGCGUUAAGUAUUUCUGUCUGAAGCUCAACUAGGUCAUGGUGUCUCUCUGGCCUUGGAAGGGCGAGGACAACUCCCCAGCGCACUUCGAGAAGACGCUUGCCGCUCUUUCGACCAAGAUCAACAAUGCAACCGCGCGUUUGGACACCCACCGCCAAAAUGCCCGCCGUUUCAAAGCUCUCUGGACGCUCUACACCACCUUCGCGUACCUCCUUUACUCGAUCAUCCUAGCUCUCGUUCUCGGUUGGCAGAAUUGGGGAAUCGUUGAAUACUCUGCUGUUUCUGGCGGGCCGGUUUUGAUCUACGUCGUUAGGACAUUGGCCAGCCGAUUCUUCGAUUACCGCAUCUCCAAGACCCAACAACAUCUGGAUGAUCUGAAUAAGCAACGAGACGUUACCAUCGAGAAACUCAAAGCGGCUACCAAAUAUAACUCGACCCAGCAAUUGCUUGAGAAGUAUGGUGGGGAAUCCCCUAGACCGUCACCGUCAAAGGGCGAUGACGAGAAGCGCAAGUUGUUGGAGGCCCAGCGUAAACCGUCGACGCCGCAACAACAACAGCCACCGGUAGCACGCACAGGACUAGCUCCGCCGCCGACAGCCAAUAUUCGACGACCUGUAACUCCUUCAGCACAAUCGCCUCCCAACCCAUCCCCACCGUCCCCCUAUGGAGCGCAAAACCAGCCUCAACCCUUCCCUCAGACCCCUCCUCAACCUCCGCGACCACAACAGCCCGUCGAUGAACCUGGAUUUGCUCCGAAUGCCUUCCCAAGAUCCUCCCAAUACAUCGAACAAUCCCACUGGUACGACCGUCUCUUAGAUGUCCUCUUAGGAGAAGACGAAACACAACCCAAGAACCGGGUAGCAUUGAUCUGCCGCACAUGUCGACUCGUCAACGGCCAGGCACCACCUGGCGUCCGAACUCUGGAAGAACUUGGUCGCUGGCGAUGCGGAGGCUGCGGGGUAUGGAACGGCGAGGAGAGCGAGGCGACAAAGGUUCUCGCGAACAUCCGCAACUCCCAAUCCAGCGCUGGAGAGUUUACUUGGGACUCCGUGUCCAAGCCUGAUGCGAACAACCACUCGCCAGUUAAAUAUGAUACUGAGGAGGCGGUUAUGGUCGCUGCGAGUAACUCGAGCCCAGAAACACCUACAGGGCCGGUGGAAGAGGAAGACGAAGAGCCCCAAUCCACCAGGGUAACUCGUAGCAGGGCAAAGGGUGGGAAUAGGAAGGGAUGAGGCGUUAGACUGGUUUUGGGUUGUUUGUUAUUUGUUUUUAUUUUUCACUACCAUUGAGUAUCCAUUUCUGUCGGUCGAGGGAUACCUGUCAGUAUAUAUAUCUUUACCUGAAAAGUUUCCAUACAUAGCCGGCAUUAUCACAGGUUACAUUGAAACCAAAUUUCAUUUAAGUCUUGGACUUGGGUAUUCUUACUGCUUAACAUAUCCAGAGUGGAUGAAACAUAUCCAAUUCUAACGUCUAUUCGUACAUGC